UAAUAGGAGAGACGAAUUAUCCGUAGUUCGUAACACCUUAAUGCUUGGAGAAAGAGUGGUGAUUCCUACUUCACUCAGGACCAGAGUCUUGAAACACAUUCACAAGGGUCAUCCAGGAAUAGAACGAUCCAAAGCACUAGCCCGCAGUUACGUUUAUUAUCCAGGAAUUGAUAAGGAUAUAGAGAGGUUAGUUAAAGAAUGUACUAAGUGCAUGGAGACCCGUACAUUACCUCAUAAGACUAAUCUCAAAUCAUGGCCUGUUCCACAAAAUGUAUGGGAACGUAUACAUAUAGAUUAUGCAGGACCACUGCAUGACAAAAUUUUCUUUCUCAUCGUGGACGCUAAAAGUAAAUGGCCUGAAAUAUUCAUUCCUUCAAAUUCCACUACUACAAGUACUAUUGCAUAUAACGGAUCGCAGUUCAGCAGCCAUCAGUUCCAAGAAUUUUGCAAAUUACAUGGCAUUGAACACAUAAAGACACCUGCUUAUCAUCCACAAUGCAACGGUCAGGCUGAGAGAUUCGUAGAUACUUUUAAAAGAGCGAUCAAACGUAUUAAUGAUGGAGAGGGGGUCAUAAAUGCUUUAAACACCUUCUUAACCACUUACCGCUACAUUCCAAAUAAAACACUCGAUGGAAAAUCGCCCGCCGAACUUAUGUUGGGACGAAAACCAAGGAACAUAUUGGACCUCAUGAAAUACUCAAACACAUGUGGUAUAAAGGAUCAACAUAAGAUUGAACAAGAAAGGCAAUUUAACAAGCGACAUGGAGCUAAAUCGCGCUCAUUCGUUAAAGGUGAAUUUGUAUAUGUGAAACGUCAUAUUGGUAAUCAUUGGAGAUGGUAUCCAGGUACGAUCGUUGAACAGAUCGGUUCCGUUUUGUACAACGUCUCGCUUGAUGGUGAAUGGAAUCAACCACAAGUCCGGGUUCAUACAAAUCAACUAAUUCAUCGAUCAUCGACAAAAGAUAGCCCACCAGAUGACGUUCACUCCAAACUUCCAUUGGAUAUUCUACUCGAGGAAUUCGAUAAUAUAUCCGAACCAGAACAAGAAACAUUUCUUACACCAGUAUCACCAAUUAGGGAUGUUUCUGAAAAUGUUAACCCUUCUAUUAUCAUGCCACGUCCAGUAGCCACUGUACCCAGACCAACUAGAAUUCGUGAAGCACCAGGGUAUCUCAGCGACUAUGUGCUUUUCUAAGAAAAGGGGGUGUUGGAUAGCAACAGGAGAUAUAAAAACUUGUCAGUGUAUUGAACCAUUGUCAUUAUAGUAAAUAUUAAUUGUGUAUAU